AUGACAACUCCGUAUAUAGCGUCCGAACACUAUGUGGACCCUCACAUCGACACCGAACACCUCGCCAUAAACAACCACUUUUUUCGCCGUAUUCUGACGCGACUAGCGCUGCAUACUACGGCAAAGUUCUUUUCACGGGAUGGCCCUUGCGUGCCAAUCUCAAGACACAAAAUCGUCAAAUCAGGGUAUUGGACUCAUCUCACAGAAGGUGCAACUAUGAAAUACUUGGCUGAAAAUACGACCAUUCCGGUGCCGAAAGUCUAUUGCUCCUUCUUGCACAAGAAAAGAGCGUAUAUCGUCAUGGAAAGGAUACAAGGUGAAUCUCUACCGAAAGCUUGGAGAAGCCUGUCCGAAGAAUCAGUUGAGGAUGUUCUUUCGCAGUUAAAAAAGAUAUUCCAGGAGUUGCGCUCCCUGGAACCUCCACCAGAUACGGCGGUGGAAAGCUGUGUUGGUGGGUCUCUGUACGACUCUCGCUUACCUUAUGGAAACCCACGAUUUGGCCCGUUCAAAAAAAUACAAGAUUUCCAUUUUUGGCUCAGACGAGAACUGAAACCCGAGGAUCUCAAAGAUAGGGAAAGGGAUCAGGAUUGGCACGACUUACAGGAUAUGAUAAGCAAACAAGAUGGGCCAUGGCCUUCUCCAUGUUUCACCCAUGGAGACAUCAAUCCGAGCAACAUUAUUGUUCGUGGGGGAACCGUAGUUGGAAUCAUCGACUGGGAGUUCUCGGGGUGGUACCCGGAUUACUGGGAAUAUACAUCGUCCUGGCAUGGUAAUGUCACAACAACAGAAUGGCAGGACAAGCUUGAUAAAUUCCUUGACGUACCACACCCUGAAGUACUCAAGAUGGAACAAGUUCGCAACAAAUGGUGGGGUGAAUAUUGA